CUUCGUUCCUGUUCAGAUCUUCCAAGUAAGUAUGGCUUCCUUCUCUUGAUGUUCAUACGACGCUAUGGGGAAGAAGAAUAGGACCAUGGAACCUACUACUCCAACUCCUCCGAAGAAGAAGCUUCUGGAGUUGAAUGUGGAUGAUGAGGUCACUUUGGAUACUCUUGAGAACUCGGAUAGUACGUCUAGUGAUGAUAAUCAGUCUGUGAAUGAUAUUAAUGAAGUUGAGAAUGUUGCGGUUGAGGAUGGGAAUGGCACCUCCACUGGUUCUGAUACUCCUUCUGUUGAUGAAGAGGCAGUUGAGAAAGAAUUGGAAAAAAAUAAGAACACCCCCAAGGUGUUUGAGAAAAAGCCUAAGCCAGUUCUGAAGAAAACCUAUGCUGAACUUCUGAAAAACAAUAGGAAAGCUACCCAAGGGAUGCAAUUAUUCAAGGUUGAGCUUAACAGCACUGAAGAGGUGUUUAUUCCUGAUGAAGCAAUCCUUCCAAUUGAACAGUUGUGGGGAUACUGCCUUGUGGGAUGUUUCUCUGGAAAAUUCCCAGGACUUAAGGCCAUCCAAAAAAUG